AUCCACAAGCACCGUGCACGAGGAAGUGAGUUGCUAAGGAAAUCACCCUUGACGACAUGAACGCGCUGUAAACAAGGAACAAGGCUACUGGAUUAGCGUUAUCAGCUCAUUACCGCGUUGCCGAUCAAUGAAUCGAUUGUGGUGAUUGUGGACUCUUAUGGCAGAAUUGCAUAUAAUUGGACAAAUCAUUGGGGCCACCGGAUUCCCACAGAAGAGCCUCUUCUGCAAAUGGGGUGUACACGCAGGAGGAGCAUGGAGACUUCUUUCUGGUCUGAAGGAAGGGCAGACUCAGGUAGACAUACCUCAAACUGGGGACAUGGCAUACUGGAGUCAUCCCAUUGAUUUGCACUACACUACUAAGGGCCUACAAGGAUGGCCAAAGCUUCAUCUCCAGGUGUGGCAUCAGGACUCUUUUGGCCGAUGCCAGCUGUAUGGUUAUGGUUAUAUCCACGUACCAUCAAGCCCAGGACAGCAUCGUCUGCAGUGCGUGACAUGGCGACCGCUGGGAUCCUGGCAGGAUCAACUUGCUGAGAUGUUUGUUGGAGGAGGUCCACAGCUGCGCUCGUCAGAUCUCAUUUACAGUGGCGCAGACAGAUACAGACUCCACACAGUUGGCAUGGGCACAGUUGAACUAGAGCUGUGCGUUAUUCUGCGCCACUUCGACAGAUACGGUGUGGAGAGCUGAGAACGGACAACAGGUUGUCAUAUAUUUCAGGUCUAUGAUAUAUGGAGCA